GCGUAGUCAAGAAACACCGGCACGGGUCGCAGAGCCGCACUUUCUUUCUUUUUUUUCUUCGCAAGAGCCAACGCUGUUGGUCCGUCCUCAACAAACUCUUGGCACAAACUAAUGUUUGACAAACAAAUUUGAGCGUGUAUGGUGAACGUCAAACUGUCAACAACAACAAAAGAUGAAAAAUGUUUAACAAACAAAAUGUGAGCGUGUAGAGAUCUUGGCUAAAUCUAUGGGGCACUUUACUCUGACAACUGACAAGGCAGCAGUGGGAAGGGAAAUCACUCUCUUUUUUUUAGCGCUCUCUCUUGUUGACAACUGUCUAAGCGACCCGAGGCUUUUUCCUGUGGCGUUCCUUGGAAACUGUCAUGUCUGAGUAGGAGGGCUACUUCAAGAGAAAAUGAGUUCAAUUUCUAAUAGAAUGUUUGAAGUAUAACAUGUCAGUUGAGAGCCAUCCCACCUGCCAACUGAGGCUUUUGGGCUUAGAAGUUGGAUGAUGUGAGUUCUACCCCACACGUGGUACAGCUCAAUGAGGUUCCACUGCACUCAUGGCUCGGCUGUCCGCCUGUCCUCAAGCAGCAGUACAGCCACCAGAGAAGAGGACACCUUCUGCAAUGGCUUGGCCUUCUCUGAGCAACCCAUCAAAAUUAACCAACGGGUUUGCUUGGAGCUGGGCUCCUUGUCUACAUGGAGUGGUGGAAUCCGUAUAGGUGUGACCUCCUCCAACCCCAGCAAACUUGCUCCCGAGGAAUUGCCUCGAUUCGCGUAUCCAGACCUAGCUAACCGACAAGGAUUCUGGGUCAGGGUCUUGGGGGAGUCUCUGACAUGUACACCAGACUGUAGACUGACCGUAUAUCUGACCUCGUUUGGUCAGGUUCAAUUAUUCAUCAAUGGGCAACAUAAAGGAGCUUUACUUCUGGGUCUGCCGACCAAUCAAAACCUGUGGUUACUUCUGGAUAUCUAUGGCAAUACCAACAAGGCGACAUUUAUUCAGCCAGAUGAUGUUCCUAAAGAAAUUCAAGCCCGUGGCCCUGAAGUAGUUGAGGCCUAUGAACAGGCCUGUAUCUGGGGCACACAGUCAGUGUUCAGAUCUCGCCUCAUGCUUGUUGGCCAGGAGGGAGCUGGGAAGACCAGUCUGAAGAGAUCCCUCUUAGGACAGUGUCAUAACGAGACAGAGGAGACAACAGAGGGCAUAGACCUGUCAGCUUCGUGCUCCUUCUCACUGACCAGCAACAGGUCCUCUUGGAAGCUGGCCAUCAAGGGUGAUGAGACCGUGCGGCGAGAGAAGCUGCUGGACUCAGUGGACCUGGGAGUUUUAGGUAAUGCAGAAGGUCUGGAGGAGGAGUACAUCCGUGCUGUGGCUGCAAACAUUGCACAGGAGCUGAUGGCUGUGAGAAGGGAAAAGGCUGAACCUGGCCAGACAGCUGGAGGAAGAAGAGACUCUGUCAAGACAGACCCAACAAUCAACAAAACCAUGAAUUUCCAAGAAAGUGUUAAUAAGGAUGAUCUGCUCCAUGAGAUGAAAACCCUACCCAGCAUGCACCAAGAGGUUCCCGAUCAUGUUGUGGAUCUAGUCCAGGAGAUCCUACAACAGAAGAAAAACCAAGGGGCAAGAAAAGAUGGGGAAGAUCCUCAGGGUUUGGCGGAGAAACAGUUGCAGGAGCAGAGGGUGGUGCUCAAUAUCUGGGACUUUGCUGGCCAGGCCGCGUACUACACCACACAUCAGGUGUUCCUGACUCACCGAGCUGUUUACUGUAUAGUGUUCAACCUCUGUGAUGAUCUCACUGAAAACCGACCCGAAUCUGUAGACAAAACUUCUGGGAAGAACAACAAUACAAUGACCACUCUACAGUAUAUGGAUUUCUGGAUGAGAUCUAUACACGCCCAUGCUGCUGAAAACUCAAGUAACAAGGUGGAUAACACCCAGCUGUCUCCUCCUAUCUUCAUCGUGGGGACCCACAGAGACAGUGUCCAUCCAGACCCUGAAGUCAGAGAUCAGAUGGUUGAGGAAAAGUUUGCUGUAAUCCGCGAGUUUGUCCUGGGCAAGCCCUAUGUCCAGCACCUUGUGUUGCCUUUCUAUGCAGUCGAGAACGCACCAGAGUCAGAAGAAGAUCCAAAGCUCAACGAGUUGCGCCAAGAUGUGGAGCGUGUUGCCGGCCAACAGCCUUAUGUCGGAGAACAUCUACCUCUAAAGUGGCUGCGAUUUGAGCAGGAUUUUACUGUGCAGGCAGAUGCUGGAGUGAACUUUGCCUCAUUUGACCAGGUGUAUGAGCUGGCAGUUAACCACAGGAUCAGCGGCCCGGCAGAAGUGAAAGCAUUACUGCAGUUUUAUCACGACAUUGGCUCCCUGGUCCACUAUGGCAGUCAGAUGACCAGUGACCCAGUGCUCAGCAACACAGUGGUCCUCAACCCACAGUGGCUCAUCUCCAUGUUCCACAAGGUCACUGCCAGUUUUCCACCAAAGGAGCAGUGGAACUUGUUGUCGGACAAGUGGGCCCAGCUGAUAGAUCACGGAGUCCUGGACGAGAGUUUGCUGCCCGUGAUCUGGUCAGACAUGUCUGACCAUCAACCCUUCCUUUUGGCGCUGAUGUCGAAGUUUGACUUGAUUUGUCCCCGAUUGCCUCCUGCAGGACAGACUUACAGACAGACAAGUAAAAACUACUAUGUGCCAAUGCGAUUUGGUUCUUAUAAAGACAAGAAAAAAGUUUAUGCACAAACAGUGCACGAUGCUCAGUUUUUUGUGGAUUUUGGUGGAUUUUUGCCAGAUGGUCUGUUUCAUCGCAUCCAAGCCCGUGUGAUUAGCUGGUCCCAGGAACAUGGUGGUCGUGAUCUAUUUCUGGCACGGGGCCUAGCACGAGUCUUUGUAGACCCAGAUCACGACCUUCUGCUUGAGAUGUGUGCACCACAUCUACACCGCAUCAAGGUCCUAGUAAUGCAUGUCAAAGACAAAGAAGCGACGUCUUCUAAGCGAAACUCAAGCCCUUCCCCUCAUGUGGUGGCUAAGGUUCGCAACUUUCUGGAGUCAUGUCUUGUGGAUCUACGCAGCAUGUGGAUGAAACGCUUGGCUUACAACAUGUGCUUUGUAUGUCCAUGUGGACGGCCGUGUCUUCUUCACAACCAGGACAGCUGUCAGAUGGAGGAAUGUAUGCAUUUCCUUGACUUGGACGAAUGUCUAAGCAACCAGGUGGUGUGUUGUGAACACAGGAGAGUUAAGACAGAUGCCUUCAAGAAAUGGUUUCCUGAAUCACACCAGCAAGAGUUUAAAGAACCGAUCUUGAACCCGGUGACCAUAGAGCAGGGGCGAGGCAACAUAGAAAGAAACAUUCCCAACCUGCCCAGCUGGCUGAAGGGGGCUGCAAAACUCCUCAACGGAGCACCAGAGAACCAGGGCUGGAUAGCCCUAGCACAGCACAUGGGUUACAAACAAGGUCGUAUCGACUUGCUGAAUGAGGACUUGAACCCCUCGCUAGCCCUUCUCACAGACUGGAUCGUCAGCUCCGGCAACACGGCCAUGUCUGUGGACGUCCUGCUGCACCACCUGCAGCAGCUGCCGGCGCCGGAUAUUGUAGAGCUUAUCACCAGAGCCAAAGAGACAGAGCUGGAGCGGCCUCAGCUGUUCCUCAGCUACCAGUGGGACGUCCAGGACGAAGUGAGUGCGUUGAGGGACCACCUGGAACACGCCGGAUUCUCCUGCUGGAUGGACAUUGGUCAGAUGGGUGGCGGAGACCAACUGUCAGCGAAGAUUGACCAGGGUAUUCGGAACUGUAAGGUUGUUGUAGCUUGCGUCACACCCAAGUACACAGCAUCGCACCUGUGUAACAGAGAGCUGUGGCUGGCCGACCUGUUGCACAAGCCCAUCAUCCCCGUCAUCAUGGAGACUGUGAGCUGGCCGCCCCCUGGUGGGAUGGCUGUCAUCUUGUCACAGCUCGUCUACAUCAACAUGAAAGGUGUGGGUGGACAUGGUGGGACAGGCAUACAUGCUGACCUCAUGGACAAGUACACGGAAGUGGUCCAGCGCGUGUCUCUACACGCUGAGCCAGACCUGACCCCUUGUCUGGACACCACCGUGGUAGUCCCCGUCGAAGCCCCGACUCACAUGUCGGAUCAUCUCUCAGGUUACCGCACCAGCAUGAGCUCCCUGAGUGAGGUGGACUUCCAUCGUCACUCCAGCCACAGAGACUCCUCUCUAGACAUGAUGCUGUCCCGCUACGGGGACGCCCCGCCCGACCCCGCCUCUUUCAACACCUGGAGCCAUCAGGGCAGUACACGGACAGGGCCCAGGAACACAGCACACCGGAACGCAGUGCCUCAAGCACACGUGAAGAAGUGCGCUGUGUGUGUGGUUCUGUAGUCAGGAAUGCAGAACCUCAAGCACAUGUGAAGAAGAGUGCUAUGCGUGGUUCUGUAGUCAGGAACGCAGAACCUCAAGCACAUAUGAAGAGGUGCGCUGUGUGUGUGGUUCUGUAGUCAGGAACGCUGUACCUCAAGCAAAUGUGAAGAAGUGUGCUGUGUGUGUGGCUCUGUAGUCAGAUGCUGCUGUCUGUGGCAAAUCUGGAACCCCAAGCACACGUGAAAAAACAUGCCUUGUGUUUGGUUGUGCAGUUGUGACAAAAUAUUCUGUGUCUGAUCUUGAAUCCUGUACCCCAAGAAGUGUGUUGUGGGUGUGAUUCUGUAUUUAUAGGUGAAGUUUUAUGUCAAAUUGAGAAUCUUGUACUUCAUGCACACACGACGAAGUGUGUUGUUCUGUAUUGAGAUGAUGUACUUGUUGUGUCAAGUUUGUGUCCAGAACAUCAUGUCGUACAAUGCUGUUAUUAGUAAGGGGUCAUGGAAAGACCACGGUACUUAAAAUGCAUGGUUUCUUGUCCUUUAUUAUGUAAACUAUAACGGUGAAAUGUAGGGUGACCUUGUUAGCAUGAGCACAUUACCUCUUACUUCCACCUUUGACCCCUUAUUAAACAAUCUCUCUUCAGUCGUCAAGAUCUGGGGCCAGUCUCCUCAACACUGCAGGAAUGUCAGUUUCCUGAGACAAGUGUUGGUCCUUUCACUGAGGGUGUGUCCUUCCAGGUGUCAUGGAUAUUUUAGAAAUAACUUGUUAACAUUUCUGCUGUGAUUAUCUUUUUUAAAGGGGAGGGAUCACUAGCUGCCGCCCCACCUUUCUUAACCACGUUGGGGGCCAGCUAUAACAAAAUUGGUGUGAGCUGUCAUUUUUUCCUCUUAUAUUUCGUAUUGCCAAAGGCUGUGACUUCAUUUCAUACUCACUUCUUACCUUCGUUUAUUAUUUUUUGCAUGUACCAUUGCUUUGAAGACGUGGAAAAUGGCUGACUUGUCUAGUCGAGUGCUUCAUGGUCAUUGAAUUUAGGCUCUGUACAUUUAUCUAGUGAUUCUUGACUGAACCAGGUGGUAUCUCAUGAAACUGCUGAAACUUUUUGAGCUUUGAAUGUUGUCUUUGUGUUUCUUUGUGUCCAUUUUUUCUUACUUAAGAAAUAUUAAAUAUUAAAAUUAACCAUCAUUGUCUGACCAGAGUCAGUCUUUCCAACGUUAUGUGCUUGGGAAAGGCACUUUACACAAAUUUUCCGGUUUGGCUUGGUUCUACUGGAAGUGUAUGUUAAAUUCAGAGGUCCCUCUCCUUGAAUAACCUUAGUUUUGCAAGGGACUGUAAACCUAUACAAUUUCUUAAUUUUUUUUCCGCGAGUCAUUCUCUUGCUAUUUAGUUGGAUUAUAGAAUAGCCCUGGCUUUAAUGGAGUUUAGCAGCUGAGAUUAAAAUUUGAUGUACACUCGUAUAGCUUUUGUGAAAGUGAUAUUAAAAAACAUUUCAUUGCAUUCUUCUAUACCCACUUUUUUGAUGACCCAGAAAAGACUAUUUGCUUACAUAUAUAAUAUAUAUGGUGGAUUAAUUUUUUAGGUUACAAAGUGAUACAUUUAUAUGAAAAUGAUAUGAAAUUUAUGAAUACCCUUAAGCUGAGAAGGGCUUUUGUAGUGUCAUAGAAAUCCUAACUUUGUGUUCCAAAGGUUUCCUAUUCACUAUCAUUUUAUUAUAACAAUGAAGUUUAUGGUAUUUUCUUACUAAAGAAAAAGUAAAGUUUCCUAGUGCACUACACUCUUGUUUCAAAGAUGGAACCCUUUGCUGUUCAAAGUGGCCCCUGAUUCAAAAAGUAUGCUCACCCCUGGUCUAAACAGUAGGCCUAUGCCUGCAGCUGUCCAAAAAGGUAGCUUGUGCUAUGUGUGGGGAAAAGCGUCCUAAAUGAAGUGUGAGUGUAAAUCGUAUUUUUUGCAUUACUGUUUUGAGAUGUUUGCUCACCUACUCUCGAUUUAUGAUCAUAAAAGGUACUAUUUAUUUCUAUCCCAAUUUUGUUAACUGAAUAAAUCUUUGUUAAGCAAGAUUCAGUAUAUAAGAGGCAUCGCUUUGUGCUUUUCCUGUGCUAAUGAAAUGACUUAUCUUAUAGCUCUUCUGUUUGAAAUAAUCUGUGAUAUAAAACUAGCUCACUACAACUAGCAUUGAUUUUUCAGCUCAGAAAUAAAUUUAUAAUGUGUUGUAUUGUCAUGAAGUGUAACUGAUAAAGGACUGCAUUGUGUUGGUACCAUUUGUGUUGUGUUAUGUGGCUAUCCAGUAGUAGCCUUGAUCUAAAUCUCUAAUUUAGAUUAAUGAUGACAUGACAGUAAUGUUUCUGAGAAGUGAGUAUGUGAUGUUUUGUUAUGUUGGAAUGUAGGUUCAAAAAAGUACCCUUCUGGUUGACUUUGAGUGCAGUCCUACACAAACCUUUUUGUGGUUACAUUUGAAUGUAGUCACAAACACAUAUGUGGUUACAUUUGAAUGUAGUCACAAACACAUAUGUGGUUACAUUUGAAUGUAGUCACAAACACAUAUGUGGUUACAUUUGAAUGUAGUCACAAACACAUAUGUGGUUACAUUUGAAUGUAGUCACAAACACAUAUGAGGUUACAUUUGAAUGUAGUCACAAACACAUAUGUGGUUACAUUUGAAUGUAGUCACAAACACAUAUGAGGUUACAUUUGAACAUAAGCAGAAACAAAUGCCCCCUGAUUACAUUUGAAAGCAGUCCCACACUGAUAUACCUGUUUGCAGGUGAUUGGAGCAGUCUGAUUGACUGGUACAUUUCAAGGGCUCAGUGUGUCAUAGGUCACUUUGUCAAGAUGGUAUAUGGCGGAGUCUUACACUAAACAGUCGAUAUGUUUUCUCAAGCGUACUUGAGAGCCACUUUUGUUUUGCAGAUUGUUUUUCGAAUAUUGUGCAGUUGUCUGUCCUUCUACUGAGCUGUAGUAGUAGUAGGCCUAUCCCUCACAGCCCAGGUUGGCCCUGACAAGCAUGGAGGAAGAAGCUACCCUCUUUAACCCAAUGAACCCGUGACACUGAUAUAUCAGUGUGCAAGUUAUUUGCCCCUACCCCGAAGCACCGAUAUAUCGGUAUGUGAUAGUCUACCAUAGAACAGUUCUCUGUACACAGAUAAAAAGGUGGGAAAAUGACGUCUAAACGAUAUGUAGCUAACUAUUGUAAUAGUCAAGGCAGCUCAAAGAAGAGGGAAUUGUUUGAAUAAACUUUUGUGUCUUUUGUUUGCUGCCAUGAACACAUUUUUUACCCAGGAAGCCAGGGAAUGGGUUAUUUUGGGGUCAGGGUUCAUUGGGUUAAUGAUGUUCACUUGAGACGUUGAAUGUUUAUAAUCUUUGUCAUUUACGAUUAGUAGUACAGUAUUUUGCCGACUUCAAGACCCUACGUUUCCUUCAAAUCUAACCCUCUUGCUACAUGAUUUAGUAGCUAAAUUUUAAAAUUUCAUUGUCUAAGAUAAGAUCUCUAAACACAUGUAUAUGUGUUUCAGAAAAACAGCUCUCUAUGAAACCACUGUAUAUUGCUUUUUUUUUUCCAUAUACAUCAUGAAGCAUGUUUCACCAAAUAUACCAUUUUUUUGUACACUAUGUAAGCCAGUGAGCCUUAUAUGUGACUGAAGUAUAAUUUUUAAUUUGAAUUUGGUUGUGCCUUGUAUUGGGCAAAGUGUUGUUACUUUUUUAUGAAGCUGGCAUGGAUUCUAUUUCUGCUUUAGGAUGUGUUGUUAAAGAGAAUUGUAAUGUCAGAUUUAACUUUUAUGGGCAUUUUCCUUCUGAUGAAUUAUUUAUGUACUUGUUGAUCAUGUUCUUGCUCUAACAGUAAACAUUUAACUCUCUGGUUUUUGUCUCUUGGUGCCAUCUCAGACUAAAAAAGAAGAAACUGUUAACCUUUGCCCUUUCUUUUACUUAAGAAAGAUUUAUAUAUUUGUUGUUUAUAAUAAUUGUGAAUGUUUCUUUUUGUAAAAUAUGUACAAUACGAAGAGCACUGUAAUUCUGCUAUGGGGAAUCAAUGUGCUGGGUUCUAUCUGUUGUAUGUUUUGCUGUAAUAAGAUCUGGGAAUUCCUUAAGCUUGUUCUAUUUAAAGAUUUAUUUUGAAUUAGAUAUUGUAACUCAGUUCUUUUUCUUCUGAUUGCUUGAUUUUUUUCUUUAUGUUCGGCAGUUUCUACAAAUUCCACUACCUUAUUAGGUAAUCUGGUAAAAGAAUUCAGUUGCUAGGAUGGGGACUAGAAUGAUCUGUUGUUUGUAUACUGUUAAUUUUUUUCCUCAAUGUUUUGUUAGACUUUAAGCUGCAGUGUGGGGGAAAGCAUAUUUGAAUCUCUUUGAGGUCUUUUUCUGACCUAGGAUUUUAACGUUUCAAACUUAAAAAUGAGUUUAUUGUUGAUGGAACUUUUCACACAGUAGGACGCAUAACCUCUGAACCGACAGGAAAAAGACAGUUUACAUCGCACUACCUUACAAUUUGUAGGCCAGAAUAUGGUGUUGUGAGGAAAUAUUGACCACUAUUGAACAAGGUCUGAUAAGGUCAAUGCUGUGACAAGGGAUACUCAUGUUACAGUUUCUUUACAAAAUUGUCUAGAAGACCUGUGCUUCUCUACUGCAGAGUGCUGAGCAUUAGUUCACAUUGUACCAUACUGAGCCAAUAGUCAACACUGAUGUGCAAAUAGCACAAUUCUUCAUACGCAAGGUUUUGUU